AGGAGGUGGUGGUGGUGGUGGUGGUGGGCCUCCAGGAUCAGGGCUGAGAAGCAGAGUCAAAAUACAGCGUUAUUGAUCCGCCUGCUGCGCUGCUCUGCUCACCGCGCUCAGCAGGUCCUUUGGUUUCUCCUCGGCUGCGUCCACGUUUCAUGACGAACGUGGUAAAUGAUGUUGGAGUGCUCUGAACCAAGCAAUCAGACUUCAUCAGACUUCCCAUAUUUCUUCACUGAGGAUGGACAGCUAUGCCACAGAGACACUAUGAAGCCCUACCAGUUCUUGUUCAAACUUAAUGACGUCCAUGGAACCGUGAGGGAACAUCUGACCCUUUGCCACUGCAUCACACAGCAUGUAUGUAGCCUCCUUGAGAACAAGCUUAAACUGGUCAAGGUGCACCUGGACAAAAGAACCCAGAGUGAUGACUAUUCUCUCGGUUUUGUGUACAUGAGCCCAGGGGCACUUAAUCACAACGGGACCCUGAUGGUUUUGAUCCAGGACAAGGGCACAGUGAGGUGUGGUGUGUGGAGCUGGAGGGCUGUGGCGCAUGAAGGUUUAGACAGAGGCAGUCAGAUCCCGUAUGUGCGUUGCGCUUUAGAGGAGUCUUGUGCAGUUUUGUUGAUGAACCCAAAUGAAGGAGGGCUGUCCCCAGAAGAACAUGUCUGCUUGGUCUGGGAGCGCUUCGUGUCCAAGAGUGCUGCAGAGCGCAUCACUGUGGUAGCCCAUGGCUACGGAGGCCUGGCUUUUGUUCAUCUGCUGUGCCAUCAACUGGAAGAAAUCUGCCAAAGAAUGUGGGUGGUGGCCCUUAUUGACUCCUCCCACAAUCUGUGGCACCAGCCCCUUGGAGCAGCAGGUCGUGACUGGCUGAAGGCUCAUUCUAGAACGUGGAUCCUCAGCACCAAGCCGACAAACCGCCCGGUAGGGUCGCUCAAAGCGGGGUGCCGAACGAUGUCAGCUGGGACGCAGUGUCAUGAGACGGCACCUGCAGUCUGCAUGGAGGCCGUGUUUCGUUUCUUUGCAAAGGUGAUGAGGCCUAAAGCUGUACCUGCUGCCUUUGGUAUCAUUACCAGGAGCAGGAGCUUCAGAAGGAGUAAUCUGAGCAGGGAGGCUGGUGGCACAAAUGACAGGAACAAUAAUACAUUGUGAAUGGGUUUGUUUUCAGUCAUGAGUCCAGUGGGAUGUGAACGUUGAUAGGGUGAACACUGCAUUGGGUGGGGCUAUAAAAGGUGGUGUACGGUUGGUGGAGGUGAGCUGAAUAAAUACCUAUAAGCUCA